CACACACAGUAUAAAAACCCUGUUCAUGUACACUUUAGUGUCGGAUGACUGUGACGCUGUAUUCUGUGUGUGGAAGAGCUGAAGAUUUAAAACGUGUGCUGUGAGGAUCGACACAAAACCUUCUGUAUAAAAACCCUGUUCAUGUACACUUUAGUGUCGGAUGACUGUGACGCUGUAUUCUGUGUGUGGAAGAGCUGAAGAUUUAAAACGUGUGCUGUGAGGAUCGACACAAAACCUUCUGAGAUGGUGAAGUGGAUCGUUCUGCUUGUGGCGUUAGCGUCCAUAACCCUCUCUUUAUCUAAAAGAGAACUGGAAUAUUUCAGUCCACGGAGCUGCAAAGAGCUGAUGCAAAGAUACAAAACCAACGAAGACGGUCUUUAUUACCUGAGCACGCCGAGCGGUGUCGUGUAUCAGACGUACUGUGACAUGACGACUGCAGGAGGAGGAUGGACUCUGGUGGCCAGCGUUCAUGAGAACAACUUGUACGGGAAAUGCACCACCGGUGAUCGCUGGUCCAGUCAGCAGGGUGGAAGUCCGAACGUACCUGAGGGAGACGGGUCGUGGAGUAACACCGUCACAUUCGGCACUGCAGAAGCUGCAACCAGCGACGACUUCAAGAAUCCUGGGUAUUAUGACAUCACAGCGGAGAAUGUGGCAGUGUGGCACGUUCCUAAUAACGAGCUAGUGGAGCAUUGGAAACUAUCCUCAUUCCUGCGCUACCACACGGAGACCAAAUUCCUCAGUCUCUACAGAGGAAACCUCUACAAUCUCUUCAAGCAAUUCCCAGUGAAGUACAACGUAGGAAGCUGUCCUGCUAACCACGGCCCCUCUGUUCCUGUAGUGUACGAUGUUGGAGACGCCACAUCCAACCAUAACCUGUAUGGACCCCACAUCAGAGCAAACACUGUUCCUGGAUUCAUCACAUUCCGAGCGAUAAACACGGAAAACGCAGCGAUGGCGAUCUGCUCGGGAGUCAAACCCACAGGCUGCCACAAUGAACACUGCUGUAUAGGAGGAGGUGGGCAUUUUCCUGAAGGGUCUCCGAGGCAGUGUGGUGAUUUCACCUCUUUCGACUGGGACGGUUACGGCACUCACAUCGGCUGGAGCGCCAGUAAGCAGAUAACCGAGGCGGCGGUGCUCAUCUUCUACCGCUGAGAUCACACUCAUCACACACCAAAUCUUCAAGAGUGUAUUUAUCACACUUCUGAUAAAGUAAAUACACAGUUUAACCAAAUAAAUGAUGAUUUUUAACAGG